AUGCGCGGCGAACGCCCCCUUGCCGAUAUAGGACACGGCCGACCUGGCGUUGGGUGGGAUUGCGAGCAAGAGGCGGGCACAGCCGCCAAGAAUUUUGAACAGAAAGCCAAGAAUUUUGAACAGAAAGCCAAGAAUUUUGAACAGAAAGCCAAGAAUUUUGAACAGAAAGCCAAGAAUUUUGAACAGAAAGCCAAGAAUUUUGAACAGAAAGCCAAGAAUUUUGAACAGAAAGCCAAGAUUUUUGAACAGAAAGCCAAGAAUUUUGAACAGAAAGCCAAGAAUUUUGAACAGAAAGAGGUGAAUGCACACACCAUUCACGAUCAGACAUCCGUGAACAUCUUAAACGAGGUGAAUGCACACACCAUUCACGAUCAGACAUCCGUGAACAUCUUAAACGCCAAGAAUUUUGAACAGAAAGCCAAGAAUUUUGAACAGAAAGCCAAGAAUUCUGAACAGAAAGCCAAGAAUUUUGAACAGAAAGCCAAGAAUUUUGAACAGAAAGCCAAGAAUUUUGAACAGAAAGCCAAGAAUUUUGAACAGAAAGCCAAGAAUUUUGAACAGAAAGCCAAGAAUUCUGAACAGAAAGCCAAGAAUUUUGAACAGAAAGCCAAGAAUUUUGAACAGAAAGCCAAGAAUUUUGAACAGAAAGCCAAGAAUUCUGAACAGAAAGCCAAGAAUUCUGAACAGAAAGCGGUGAAUGCACACACCAUUCAUCGAUCAGACAUCCGUGAACAUCUAAACGCGCCCAAGAAUUUUGAACAGAAAGCUAAGAAUUUUGAACAGAAAGCCAAGAAUUUUGAACAGAAAGAGGUGAAUGCACCCCCCAUUCCCGAUCCAGACAUCCGUGAACAUCUAAAAACCGGUGUGUAG